GCGCUUUUUUAUUUACCCUCCCUCUGCCUCCUUGCGGACAAGCAGCUAGAUCACCGAAUUCCACAACGCCCAAAAUUGGUCGCAUGACGCCCCAUUUCACGGUGUCGGCGAUCUCCGCGUUUUCGCUCCUCCGAGGAAAUAAAGGGGGAUCGAAACGAUAAAGCUCCGAUCUUUAUCCCUUCCUUGUCGAAUCUCGCCGAUACCCGCUUCCCGGAAUCCGAUCCGGAUCGACCCCACCCCGCCCCGCCGAAAUCGUCACCGACCGGGAAUGGCGGCAUCGAGGCGCCUCCGCGACCUGCAGUCGCAGCCGGCGAACAAGACCUGCGUCGACUGCGCCCAGAAGAACCCGCAGUGGGCGUCGGUGUCCUACGGCGUCUUCAUGUGCCUCGAGUGCUCCGGCAAGCACCGCGGCCUCGGCGUCCACAUCUCCUUCGUCCGAUCCGUCACCAUGGACUCCUGGUCGGAGAUCCAGAUCAAGAAGAUGGAGGCCGGGGGCAACGAGCAGCUCAACGCCUUCCUCGCCCAGUACGGGAUCCCCAAGGAGACCGACAUCGUCACCAAGUACAACACCAAGGCCGCCGGCGUGUACCGCGACCGGAUUCAGGCGCUCGCCGAGGGCCGCCCGUGGCGGGACCCUCCCGUCGUGAAGGAGAGCCUCGGCGGGGGCAAGAGCAGGCCUCCCUUGGCUCAGAAAACCGGCGGCGGCGGCGCGGACGGCGGUUGGGAUAGCUGGGAUAAUGACGACAGCUUUAGAUCUUCCAGCGAUAUGAGGCGGAAUCAAUCGGCCAACGAUUUUAGGGGCGGUGCUGGCGGCGGAGGGAGAAGUGGCGCUCCGGUGAGAUCUAAGUCUACACAGGACAUCUACACUCGGUCGCAGUUGGAGGCAUCCGCGGUUAAUAAGGAGAGCUUCUUUGCUCAGAAGAUGGCAGAGAACGAUUCGCGGCCCGAGGGGCUCCCACCCUCGCAAGGCGGAAAAUAUGUUGGGUUUGGAUCGAGCCCUGCGCCUCCCAGGAUGAGUAACAACAAUAAUUCACAAGGGGACGUGCUCUCUGUUGUAUCCCAGGGAUUGGGUAGGUUGUCAUUGGUCGCGGCAUCAGCAGCUCAGUCAGCUGCAAGUGUGGUCCAAGCAGGAACGAAGGAGAUCACUGCUAAGGUGAAGGAAGGAGGCUAUGAUCACAAGGUGAAUGAAACUGUCAGUGUUGUGACCAACAAAACUACAGAGAUUGGACAGAGGACGUGGGGCAUUAUGAAAGGAGUAAUGGCGAUAGCUUCCCAGAAGGUUGAGGAGUAUACUAAAGAUGGCGUGACCUGGAACAAUGAAAACUGGCAACGAAACGACAGUGAGAGAAAUGGAUAUUAUCAGGAGUUUAAUCAAGAGAGUAAAGGAUGGAAUGCUUCUUCUGGAGGGCAGUCUUCUUCAAGUGGAAAUGCCAAAACCUUUAGCUCGAGCUCUUGGGACGAUUGGGACCACAAAGAGAAUAAGAAGGAAGAAACAACAAAGGGAGGCACAUCUGGUAACAAUGACAGUUGGGCUGGAUGGGAUGAUGCGAAGGACGAUGGAUUUGAUAACUGGUAUCAGAGUGCCCCAAAUAAGGGAACUGCUGGUCACAAUGGGAAAUCAGAUGCCACAUGGACAGAAGGAGGCUUCCUUUAAGAUUGUAGCUACUCAUCCGAUGGCGAGUAAGAUGGAGAUUUAUUCAAUAGAAGGUAUCAAACAGCUGCCGAUAAUGGUUUUUAAACUUUUUUUUAGGUUUUGCGUCAAUGUUUUCCUGUGAAAUUUAUGGACAGCUUUGGCAUGUUCCGAAGUAGUUUAUGUAUGUAUAACUUUCAUCAAAGGUUGAGAGAAGACUGAUUUUUGUGAGUACAAUAUCAUUAUUUGUAACUGGAAUUUUUUUAAAGCAAUUCAACGGUCAUGUUGACUUUAGUCGGA